AUGGGUAUCAAAACCGACAUCACUCUGUAUACUGAGGGGACUCCCAAUGGACUCAAAGCCUCUAUCGUACUAGAAGAGCUUGGCCUUGAGUACAAGGUCGUAACUCUAGACUUUUCCAAGCACGAACAGAAGGAGGCCUGGUUCCUGAACAUCAACCCCAACGGUCGCAUUCCCGCCCUCACCGACAAAGACGAGAGUGGUAAUGAGAUCAAGAUUUUCGAGAGUGGUGCUAUUCUUUUGUAUCUGGUUGCCAAGUACGAUACGGGUCACAAGAUCUCUUAUCCUUACGGCAGUAAGGAGCACUGGGAUUCAGUCAGCUGGCUGAUGUGGCAGAUUGGUGGUCUUGGUCCCAUGCAGGGUCAAGCCAACCACUUCACUCGCUAUGCCCCAGAAAAGCUCAAGUAUCCAAUCGAUCGCUACGUCAACGAAACUCACCGUCUUUACCGAACUCUCGACCGACAGCUGGCCACAAAUGGAACUGGCUACAUCAUAGGUGAUCGAGUCACGGUUGCCGACAUCGCAGUUUGGCCAUGGAUUGCCGCACACAAUUUCUCGGGGAUUUCCUCUCUUACUCAGUAUGCGCAUAUCACGAAAUGGUUUAAGCGUCUUUUGCAGAGACCUGGGUUUGAAGCUGGCCGCAAUGUUCCACGACCUCACUUUCAUAUCACACUCAAUGACCUCCCUGAGGAUGAGCUUGAUCAGUUUGCCGAAGCUGGAAAGAAGUGGCAGAAAGAGGCCAGGGAGAUGGAAGCUGCGGCAUAA